AUGUUCGCCCUUCGAACAUGUCUUUUCAUUUCUCUCUCUAUUUUACCCCAAAUCCAAGCGCAGGAUUCACAAUCCGCAAACUGGCUUGGGUUCGAUAAAAUAUCUAACCUCUUCAUCUUCGGCGAUUCAUACACAGCAACAGGGUUCAACAUCAAUGGCACGCAGCCCAACACCGCUAACCCUUUGGGGAACCCUGCCUUUCCGGGUCUAACAUUCUCCAACGGUCGGAACUGGGUCGACUUCCUCUCUCUCACCUACAAUGCCUCCGUCGUCUCAACCUACAAUUUCGCCUUCCCUGGUGCUGUCGUCGACGGCUCUAUUACACCAAACCGGUUUCGGCCCAUGAAACAACAAGUUCACGAAUUCUUCCUGCCUAAUUAUGCGCAAAACAACACCAGCAAAGCGACUUGGAAGUCCGACAACACGCUUUUCGCAUCCUUCUUCGGCAUCAAUGAUGUCACCGGAACAUACCAAACGGGCAACAGUACGAUCCACAGCGCCAUUAUUGCAUCUUACAAUAGUCUCGUCAACGAGCUCUAUGCUGCUGGUGCACGUAACUUCUUGUUUCUCAGCGUCCCGGCAGUCCAUCGGAGUCCGCUUACGAUGAACCAAGGCAGCAUGUCAGCGCAAUUUGUCGAGAUGGAAAGAGUAGCCAUUGCAGACUUUAAUAUGAGGAUCAUGAAUAUGGUGCAGCGGCUUGUGCAGCAGCAUACAGAUGUCACAGCGUUCUUUUACGAUACUUUUACCCUGUUUAAUCAGGUCUUGGAUAAACCGGAUGUGAAGCCGGAGACAGAGGGACUUAAAAAUACGACGGGGUUUUGUUUCUCUUAUUCACGCCGCACCUACAACGAAUCCACAUUCAACGCAACCUGCCAAAUUCCGCAAAAUGAAUACUUCUGGCUCGACUCCCUGCAUCCCACUCCACCUAUUCACGACACCAUGGCUGCCGAAAUCUCUGUCAUGCUCAUGAACUCCGAGGCCGUAACCGGAAAUGGAGGCAACUCCUCUACAAAUCCUACCGUAUUUCAAGGAGCAUCUUCACGCGUGAUGUUGCUCCCAAUGACGAAUUGGAAAUGGGCGGUGGUGUAUCUCUGCGUAAUUCGGUUGGGCUUAGCUCUCAUUUGA